AUGAGUUCUUUGAAUUCUUGUUCAGAUUUGCAUUCAACUAUUAAUGAACAAUCACUUCAUGAUCAGUCAUCUUCAAAUAUGAAUAUUGAUCAUUCAAAUAACAGUAAUUUUUGUUCAGAUUUGCAUUCAAUUAUUAAUGAACAAUCACUUCAUGAUCAAUCAUCUUCAAGUAUGAAUAUUGAUCAUUCAAAUAGCAGUAAUUCUCAUUAUAGUUUUGAUUUUGAACUCUACAAUACUGAAAGUUUUAAGCUUAUUCCUUAUGAUAAGUUGAUACAUAAGAAGCCUUUCAAAGGAUUGCUGUUUGAUUCAUUGGACAUUGGUCUUGACUUUUACAAGACUUAUGGUCAAGAAUGUGGUUUUGAUGUGAAUAUGUCAAGUCAAAAAAGAUACAAUGAUGGCACAAUUCGUAUUAGAUAUUCGACAUGUAGUAGAUCUGGUUUCACGGAGUCAUUCAAGAAUGAAAAUGUUAAUGUGAAAUUUUCAGAUGUUAAGAGAAGGAGAACUUCUUCUAAGAAGAACGGAUGCCCUACUGUUUCAAAGUUCAAAAAUCUCUGA